UUUGUAGGAAGGUCUGUCCGUGUGGUGGGUCGGAGCUCCGGCGGAGCUGCUUGGCCGGCCGGUGGACAGACCAGACCGCGGGUGUUUGACUCCGGGUGUCGCACAGCUGUUGGCUGUUAGCCGUUAGCUGGUGGUGUUGUGUCAUUUAGGAUAACAGGAUUAGCUAAUGCUAACGCUAGCCCAGCCCGUCCGUUGCUGAGUUAACCAGUUACCAUCCGCUUAAACUGUCUUAUUAACUGAACCACUAACUUGUGCUUAUACUGACAGAUUCUUUAUUGACGGUAUUUGUGAAUGUGUGAAGUUUUCUCGGAGCUGCUAACAGCUAAGCUAACAGGUUGUUGUGUUAAAUUGGCUGAUUUUAGCUUCCGCUGACUCUGUUAACAACCGAAGUGCUUCAGGUAAAUCAGAGGACUCGUUGAGAUGCCUCAGACCAACAAGUCUGUGAGCGGCGGCGGAGCACCGGGUCAGGUUUCUGCUGCCGACCAGGAUGAGCCGCCGCCGCAGGAUGCCAGGCAGCCUCAGCUGGACGGAGGAGACGAGCAGGGAGACCCGGAGAUCAUCAAAUCACCCAGCGACCCCAAGAAGUACAGGUACAUCGAGCUGAGCAACGGCCUGCGAGCGCUUCUCAUCUCAGACUUCAGUGGCGCCAGCGGGACGGGAGGCGUCGACCCGGAGGACCAGAGGGAGGAGGAGGAAGAGGAGGAGGUAGAGCAGGAGGAGGAGGAGGAGGACUCAGGUGAGGGAUCAGAGGAGGAUGAGGAGGACGAGGAGGAGGAGGAGCAGGACAGCGACUUUGGAGAGCUGGAUGAAGAAAACACAGCGAAGAAAAAGAAGAGCUCCGAGAAACAGGCAGCAGCAGCGUUGUGUAUCAGCGUCGGGAGCUUCAGUGACCCUGAGGACCUGCCUGGACUCGCACAUUUCCUGGAGCACAUGGUGUUUAUGGGCAGUGAGAAAUACCCGGCAGAGAACGGCUUCGACGCCUUCCUGAAGAAACACGGAGGAAGUGACAACGCCUCCACCGACUGCGAGAGGACCAUCUUCCAGUUUGACGUCCAGAGGAAAUACUUCAGGGAGGCGCUGGACAGGUGGGCUCAGUUCUUCAUCUGUCCUCUGAUGAUCGAGGACGCCAUCGACAGAGAAGUGGAGGCCGUGGACAGCGAGUACCAGCUGGCCCGACCGUCGGACUCCCACCGGAAGGAGAUGCUGUUUGGGAGUUUGGCCAAACCGGGACACCCGAUGAGUAAAUUCUGCUGGGGUAACGCUCAGACAUUAAAGCACGAGCCCAGAGAGAAGCAGAUCAACACCUACCAACGGCUCAGAGACUUCUGGAGGAGAUACUACUCUGCUCACUACAUGACGCUGGCGGUGCAGUCUAAAGAGAGUCUGGACACUCUGGAGCAGUGGGUCAGAGAGAUUUUCAUCAAGGUUCCCAACAACGGUGAACCUCGAGCCGACUUCUCUCAUCUGCAGCAGCCGUUUGACACUCCGGCGUUCAACAAGCUCUACAGAGUUGUUCCUGUGAGGAAGGUUCACGCUCUGACCAUCAGCUGGGCCGUCCCUCCACAGGGGAAACACUACAGAGUGAAGCCUCUCCAUUACAUCUCCUGGCUGAUCGGACACGAAGGCAGCGGCAGCAUCCUGUCGCUGCUCCGCAGGAAGUGUUGGGCUCUGGCUCUGUUUGGAGGAAACAGUGAAACCGGCUUUGACCAGAACACCACCUACUCCAUCUUCUCCAUCUCCAUCACCCUCACCGACCAGGGAUACCACAACUUCUACCAGGUGGUCCACUUUGUGUUCCAGUACCUGAAGAUGCUGCAGACUCUGGGUCCUCAGCAGAGGAUCUACGAGGAAAUUCAGAAGAUAGAAGCCAAUGAAUUCCACUAUCAGGAGCAGACGGAUCCCAUUGAGUUUGUGGAGAACAUCUGUGAGAACAUGCAGCUGUUUCCCAGAUCAGACUUCCUGACCGGAGACCAGCUCAUGUUCGAGUACGACCCCCAGGUCAUCAGUGCUGCUCUGGACCUGCUGACCCCGGACCGAGCCAACCUGCUGCUGCUGUCUCCAGAGAACGAAGGUCGCUGCCCCCUCAGAGAGAAGUGGUUUGGUACCAUCUACAGCAUGGAAGAUGUUCCAGACGACUGGACUCAGCGCUGGACAGGAAACUUAGAACUCAACCCUGAACUCCACCUUCCUGCUGAGAACAAGUUCAUCGCGACUGACUUCACCCUGAAGCCGUCCGACUGUCCCGACUCGGAGUUUCCUGUCCGGAUCCUGAACAGUGACCGCGGCUGUUUGUGGUACAAGAAGGACAACAAGUUCAGGAUCCCUAAAGCCUACAUUCGCUUCAACCUGAUCUCACCGAUGAUCCAGAAGAGUCCUGAGAAUCUGGUUCUCUUCGACCUCUUCGUCAACAUCCUGGCCCACAACCUGGCAGAACCGGCCUACGAAGCGGACGUGGCUCAACUGGAAUACAAACUGGUGGCUGGAGAACACGGACUGGUGGUCCGACUGAAGGGCUUCAACCACAAACUACCGCUGCUGCUGAAGCUGAUCGUGGAUCAGUUAUCGGACUUCAGCUCUGAAGUUGGAGUCUUCAACAUGUUCUCAGAGCAGCUGAAGAAAACCUACUUCAACAUCCUCAUCAAACCCGACAGACUCGGCAAAGACGUCCGGCUGCUGAUCCUGGAACACUGCCGCUGGUCCGUCAUCCAAAAGUAUCAGGCCGUGACCCGCGGACUCUCCGUCGACGACCUCAUGACCUUCGUGUCGGGGCUGAAGGCGGAGCUUUACGUGGAGGGGCUGGUGCAGGGAAACUUCAGCAGCAUGGAGUCCAAAGAGUUCCUGCACUACUUCACUGAGAAGCUGCAGUUCCAGCCACUGACUGCAGAGGUCCCCGUUCUGUUCCGGGUGGUUGAGCUGCCGCAGAAACAUCAUCUCUGUAAAGUCAAAUCUCUGAACAAAGGAGACGCAAACUCAGAGGUCACCGUCUACUACCAGUCGGGGCUGAAGCAGCUCAGAGAGCACGCCCUGAUGGAGCUGCUGGUGAUGCACAUGGAGGAGCCCUGCUUCGACUUCCUCCGCACCAAAGAGACUCUGGGGUACCAGGUGUAUCCCACCUGCAGAAACACUUCGGGGGUUCUGGGGUUCUCCGUCACCGUGGAGACUCAGGCCACUAAGUUCAGCUCCGAGCUGGUGGAGGCCAAGAUCGAGGACUUCCUGCGGAGCUUCGGCGAGCGUCUGGCGGCCCUGAGCGAAGACGCCUUCAACACCCAGGUGACGGCGCUGAUCAAGCUGAAGGAGUGUGAAGACGCUCACCUGGGAGAGGAGGUGGACCGCAACUGGUUCGAGGUGGUGACACAACAAUACCUGUUCAACCGGCUACACAAGGAGAUCGAGGCUCUGAAGGCGUUCCGUCAGGAGAACCUGGUGUCGUGGUUCUUGGAGCACAGAACCAACAGCAGGAAGCUCAGUGUUCACGUGGUGGGUUUCGGCGUGGAGGAGAACGACCCGGUGGAUCCGAACGCCGCCGACAGCUCGUCCUGCUCAACGUACGGCGAGGUGAGCGAGCUGAGCUUCCUGCCGGCGACGACGCUGAAGGACGUGACGCUGAUCAGUGACAUCAGAAGCUUCACCUCCACACUGCCGCUGCACCCCUACCACAAGAUCCUCAGCUAGGCCCCGCCCCCUACCACAAGAUCCUCAGUUAGGCCCCGCCCCUACCACAGGAUCCUCAGCUGGGCCCCACCCCUACCACAAGAUCCUCAGUUAGGCCCCGCCCCUACCACAGGAUCCUCAGCUGGGCCCCACCCCUACCACCAGAUCCUCAGCUGGGCCCCACCCCACCACAAGAUCCUCAGCUAGGCCCCGCCCCUACCACAAGAUCCUCAGCUAGGCCCCACCCCUACCACAAGAUCCUCCGCUAGGCCCCGCCCCUACCACAAGAUCCUCUGCUAGGUCCCGCCCCUACCACAAGAUCCUCAGCUAGGCCCCACCCCACCACAAGAUCCUCCGCUAGGCCCCGCCCCUAUCACAAGAUCCUCCGCUAGGCCCCACCCCACCACAAGAUCCUCCGCUAGGCCCCGCCCCUACCACAAGAUCCUCAGCUAGGCCCCACCCCACCACAAGAUCCUCCGCUAGGCCCCGCCCCUAUCACAAGAUCCUCCGCUAGGCCCCGCCCCAUCACAAGAUCCUCAGCUAGGCCCCGCCCCUACCACCAGAGCCUCAGCUAGACCCCGCCCGCACCACCAGCAGCUCAGCCAGGCCCUGCCCCAAGAUCCUGAGCUAGGCCCCGCCCACUGCAACACCACCUCUUGAUUCGCUGUCUUUCUGUAACCAUGGCAACAGCUGUUUUCUUCUCUGUGAUUGGUUGAUUAACGCUGCCUUCACAUGCUGUGGGAAACUGUAAAAAUAACCUUCUAAAAACUACAAUCAUGGCGGCCAGUGAUUUUAUUAUGUCUGAGUUCUUCUAACUGUGAAAUAUGGUAGUUCCCAGGAGCAGUGAAGGCAGCAUGAUGACUCAGGGCUCUGCUUUAACGUGUUCAUACUGUAAUGUGUUGAAGGUCAUACGUGAUGUCAUCGACACGUAGAUAAUCUGAGUUCAAUGUUUCGGGUGGAUUUUUCUGUUGGUAAAUAAUAAAAAGAUUUAAAGGGC